GCCAGCGCGGAGCGCGCGCCUCGCCGGCCCCCCUGCCCCCGCCCGCACUCGGGCCCGCUGGGCGGCGUCGGCGGAGGCUACUGGGCCAGGCGGCGCGGAGAGCGGCCAUGGAGACCCGCUACAACCUGAAGAGUCCGGCUGUUAAACGUUUAAUGAAAGAAGCGGCAGAAUUGAAAGAUCCAACAGAUCAUUACCAUGCGCAGCCUUUGGAGGAUAACCUUUUUGAAUGGCACUUCACAGUUAGAGGACCCCCAGAUUCUGAUUUUGAUGGAGGAGUUUAUCAUGGACGAAUAGUGCUGCCGCCAGAGUACCCCAUGAAACCACCAAGCAUCAUUCUCCUGACGGCUAAUGGACGAUUUGAAGUAGGCAAGAAAAUCUGUUUGAGCAUCUCAGGACAUCAUCCUGAAACUUGGCAGCCUUCGUGGAGUAUAAGAACAGCAUUAUUAGCCAUCAUUGGGUUUAUGCCAACAAAAGGAGAGGGAGCCAUAGGUUCUCUAGAUUACACACCUGAGGAAAGAAGAGCACUUGCCAAAAAAUCACAAGAUUUCUGUUGUGAGGGAUGUGGUUCUGCCAUGAAGGAUGUCCUGUUGCCUUUAAAAUCUGGAAGUGAUUCAAGCCAGGCUGACCAAGAAGCCAAGGAACUGGCUAGACAAAUCAGUUUUAAGGCAGAAGUCAAUUCAUCCGGAAAGUCUAUUGCUGAGUCGGACUUAAACCACUCUUUUUCACUAAAUGAUUUACAAGAUGAUAUACCUACAACAUUCCAGGGUGCUACGGCUAGUACAUCGUAUGGAGUCCCGACCCCCUCGGCAGCGUCGCUUCAGCAGCCUGCCCCGCCUGUAGCUAAGAAUACCUCCAUGAGUCCUCGCCAGCGCCGGGCCCAGCAGCAGAGUCAGAGGAGGUCGUCUGCUUCACCAGACGUGGUCCAGGGCCCGCAGCUGAGAGACAACCACACUGGUCAUGGCGGAUCCGCGGUACUGAUUGUCAUCUUGACUUUGGCCUUGGCAGCUCUUAUAUUCCGACGAAUAUAUCUGGCCAAUGAGUACAUUUUUGACUUUGAGUUAUAAUGUUGUUUUGUGUCUUAAGAGCUGUGACUCAACUGCUUCAUUAAACAUUCUGCAUUGGGUAUAAUCUAAGAAUUUUUUACAACAAGUUUAUUUUGUAUUUACCCCUCAUUCCUUUUUUGAUCCUUAAGAAAUUCAGUAUAAAUCUAGCUAGACAUUCAGACUGUCCUGCUUAGUAUAAGGGACUGGGAGUGGAAGCCCCUCGUCUCCCUAUGUGACCUGCUUUACAGGGAAAUGACAUCGUUGUUUCUCAUGCCUCAGCUUCUUUUUAUGUAAAUUUGUGAUACUUUUCUGUAUAACCCUUUGACGUUUUUGGAUAAAAAAUGGUGUUUUAAGUUCCAUUAUGUAUUAAUAGUUACUCAAUACCAUUCAUUGAGUAUUCUGUUUCUACUUAUGUAGAAUGAUAUAGGGAUAAGAGUUGAAAAGGGAAAGUAAAACCCCUCAAAUAGCUUACUUAAAAUAUUGUUCAUAAGAACCAUACUGGGAAUGCCCAUUCUGUGACUUACUUUGUGUCCUAAACAUUCUUCAGUGAAAAUAACUAUUUCAGUCAAACGUUUGUGAGAAAAUGAGAUGACAUCUGUGUUGUUGAUGUUACUUGAAGAGGGAAUAAUGCUUUGUAACCACUUUGAUAUGCUGUUAUCCCCUUCUCUUCAGUAUGCACACAAGAUUUAAAAAGGAAAGAAAACAAUCCUCCGUAGAUCUUUGUUUUGAGGAAGGGUCCAAGCCAGAAAAUCCCUUGAUUUUCAUCCAGAAGUUAAGUGGGAGGAUCUUAAGAUUUGAAUAUUUGCUUUGCUUUGAAUUGUAUAUCUUUUAAGAUGUGUUAUAUGCCUACCUUUGUAAUCAUUAUAAAUUUAAUUAUUCCAGGAAUAUGCAUAAUGAUGAAAUAUUUCAUGUACCAUUUUAAUAGAAAAGCUCAGGGCCCAAAUAACAGUGAUAGAAAUUAGAAAAGUCUUUACUUAGAAUUGUCCACCUAAUCAAAGCCCAAGAAAUAAUUUUCAGUGCAAAAUCAAUAUAUAACUUAGUGCUAGCUAGCUCCACAGACUCAAGUAGAUAAUUUUAUCAUCCUAAUGCCUGAUGAGAACAUAGAAUCAUAGAACAACAUUGCCUUUAGCAUGUUCAGUAACAGCACUGAGGGCACUCUUGAGAGUAUUGUUAAUGAAGAUUUAAUGUUUAAAUACAGGCAGCCCCUCCCUAGCUUUCAGACAGGUUAUUCUCUCCAAGUGCACUUGUAAGUUAAUUUUGUUUACAACUCAAUGUUGUAAAUGGUGUUUAGAUCCUAGAUGAGUCCACAAAAGUUAGUCCAUAAUGUCUAUUGAAUACUUUGGGGGAUGGUAUUCAUAAAGUCCUUUUAUUUCUUUUAACUAACUGAAGUUAUAGGCAAGAUAGAAAAUUUGUGAAAUUAUUUUAAAGGCAAAUUUAAUUUUUACUCCUACUAUGGGACUUUGAUUCCAUUAACCGUGAGGCACAAUUUCUGCGUUCAUCUGAUAGCCAGUUUUCCUUUAUAUCUGCAUCUAAAAUAAGAACAUAUUAUAUACUAUUAUAUAAUAAUAGUUGUCUUAAACUUUAAUAAAUUAGUGUUUUAAAAGUGUUUAUAGAUUGUUUCUGUUAUAGCUAUAGCUUGAUAAAGUCUAAAAAAACCCAAGGACUUUAUGAAGACCUCAUAUGUCAGGAAAAUUAUAGGUUACCAUUUGAUAACUUUAUUGCCAUGAGAAAAUAUUUUCUGAAGUCUUGAUUUGGAACACAAGAUAUUAGAAGUACUGGUUCAGUGGUCAGUGGUCUCCUAGCGAGAGGUCACCGACCCACUGGGGAAGGCCAGGUCCUGUUCUCCCAAGAAGAAGGAAACCCCGUGCUCUCAGCCUGUGCUGAGACGAAUCGUGUGCUUGAACGGUCCUCCCGCCAUUUCCUCUCAGUCAGACUGGAGCCAGCCUCUACACCUCUGUGAUCUUGUUGCCUGUUCCAUGGGGUGGACCUCUACUUCAAAAUUGAUGAAGCCGAGAAGAUUUGCACUGUGCAGAUCCUUCUCUCUCUGAUUUGCAUCUCUUCCCUCACCCGUCAGCUGACAGGCCACCUUCUUGUUUGUGUUGGCUUUUUUUUUGCACCUGCUACGUGUAUCUGAAAGUGGCACAUUUUUUGCUCCUUCCCUUUCAGCUCCCGUAUGCUACCUAAAAUUCUUCAAGUUGUCGAUCUGACAUCCAUUGUGGAGUUAAUGAGCAAAAUUGAUCUUUGGGGCCAUUCUUACUCGGGGCCAUUCUUACUCAAAGGCCAUCUGAAGGACCGCUUCAGAAAACUAUUUUUAAAGCCCCAGUGUAACCCCUUAAUUAUAGAAUAAGGGCAAAACUGAAUGUUUGUUGGGUGAGGGCUUAGGACUCCUUCUCCCAAUCCUUGGAUUUGGGGCACGCAUGGCUCUUUCUUUGACCAACAUAGCACUUGACUACAUAUCAAGGUCGUUAAAAUAGCAUGCUUGAAAAAAUGUAUAAUGACUGUUUCACCUGUAAUAAAGCCAAUGAAACUUUUCAAAUUUUAUGUGUUGUGGGGCUUUUAUGUAGCACUUUACAUUUUCAUGCUGCUUAUUGUUUUACUCUACUGAAAUAAAUGAAUUUCCUCAAAAUUCUCAACUAAUUUUUUAAAAAAACCUCUAAAAACUUUAUUAUUUUGACAGUGGAAAUAUAAAAUUUCCUAUUUCAGGAGAAUAAGAAACUUUUUUGUUAUUUUUGGCUCUGAAUAAACUUUCUGGUAUCUUGAAACCACCCGUUUGUAUAGACCCGAAUCAGUAAACAAGCAAACCUCACACAUUUCGACUUAGUUUGAGCAGAACCCUAGGCUGAAGUACUGAAAAGCCUAUACUGUUUUAUUGCUUGCAAGUAAGUAUAUGAAAGGUGAAUGCAUUUAGUGAACAUGACUUUUAACGAAGAAUAAUGUAUACAUUAACAUGGGUACUAGUAAAGCCUUUGUGGGAGGCUGUACCUUGCUCAAAAGCUGUUUGGAACACCUCUUUAACAAGCUGCCUUCAGAACUUGUUUGAGCUGCUCAAUAAAACCAGUGACUUUAUUCAUA